AGGUGGAGGAGUUUGGUUGAGUUGAGUUGAAGUUUCAGCAUCGGUUUCCAUGGAAUCUUUGUCAUCUUCGCCAUCGCUGUCUGUCUGGGACUCGAUCAUCGUCCUCCUUGUUCGACCCGUGCUAGCCAUAGCCUUCGUUGUCUCCAUAAUCGCACUCGGGUGGUUUGUGGCAUGGAAACUAGUGCUGGUUCAUGUGCCACUGGUGCAAGAAAUCUUCGGCCUUAAGAAGAAAACUGUUAGAUCCAAGCCUCCAACUGGUCGCCUCUCCAAAAUUUACAGCUCCCUUAAUAAUCCCCAAAAUUCAACUUCUACUUCCACAUAGAUUAUUUAAAUGUAAAGAAAUAUCUUGGAGAGUGCAAACAUUGGAUCUUGGACAAUAGAACAGGCAGUAAUUGGCUGAUGGAAAUAAAUGAAGAUUGUAUAGAAUGUGGUUAACUUACAUAAACCAAACCCUGAUUGUUCUUACAUUGUAUAGUGCUUUGUGGAACCUGUUUGGCAAAUUCAAACUUGAUGCUUGGUUAUGAUUCAUUAGAGCUAAUAUUAGAGCUCGUGGUCAUUUACAUUUGUCAUUAAUUUAUUUAUAUAAUUUUAGCAUUUUGCAUAAUGCCAGUCUCACUUAUGCUUGAACUUGCCAAGGAAUUGUUAGCAGAGUUAGGUAUAUGAUGUUUAACAUGCCAGUGACUGUCAGUUAGGGUGCAUGGCAGCAACGGUGGCCAGUGAAGCCACGAAUCGGUGCCUGUGCGAGUUUUAAAAGUAAACCAACUCGCCUUAAAAAAGAAAAAGAAGAAGAGACGAUGCAAUGCAAUUGGAAGAGAGAGUUACAAUUGGUGCUUUGAUGUGUGUUAGUGUUUCAUGUUGAAAUUCAGGGCACAAGAGAAAGCAAAAAGGAUGGCAUCAAGGAGGAAAGACAUCACAAAAGCAAAGUUGGACAGCAUGGAUUGUCCUGUGUGCGCGAGUUUCGGCCACAUACGCCCACAUUCUGUGUACGCGUCUCGCGUGUCUUAUUGAUUAGGCACAUGAGCUUGCAUUCUUACUUAGGCUCUUGGAGGCCACAAUGGGCUGCAGCUGAAUGGAAAAAGGGCAAGGAUGCAAGGGGACUAGGAGAAUAUCAUUCAUUAGUUAGCUUUAGGUUUUGCUUAGGAUUUUUUAGAGAAGUUGAAUUUUCUACAAUUUCUCUCAAUUUUCUGCAACAUUGGAUGUUUCCAAGUUUGAUUCUCUCAAUUCCAAGUAGUGGGUCUCUCUUUCUUUUGGUGAAUUUGGAUUCGUAAUCAAGGAAGAAUAUCUCCUUGGAGGAUUUGCACUUCAUUCCCCCGUUGUUCUUGUUUUGAUGUUUGAGAAAUACUUGGAUCCAUUGGAUCAAAUCUAAUCGGUCAAGCCCCCCUUAAAAGUAA